AUGGAGGAGGACUAUAGAGAAAUGAUCCGAAGUAUAGACGAACUCACUCCAUCAAUUCACGCAGCGUUGCUUGCCAAUCAAAAUCCACACACCCUCGACUGUUUUGUUGACCAACUGACGGCAAUACGCUUAAAACCGAUCCCAGUCGUUUCUUCAACGAGUCUUGUUCACUGUUAUCGAACGAUCUUCACGUUCUGGAAAGAAAUGAACAAAUCGCUUGCUUAUGGGUAUUCCAAACAAUCAACUACCGUUGUCAUGUACGUCAUUGUCAUGUGUGUGUCUUAUGAACCGAUUCGGUCUGUCUCCGUUAUCUUAAGUAAAACGAAGUCCCAGCAAUUGAUGCAGACUUUUAUGACGUAUAAGACCUUCUGUAUGGACACGUUCAUGUGUUUGACACGACUCUUGACUUCGAUACAAACAUCACAGAAGUCUUUUAAAGCACUCCCGUUGACUUUCACGGUGUUAUACGGCGAGUUAUUAACGUCGUUGUCACACUCUUUACCUUCUUUGAGACUUUCGUUGCACUCGGACAUCAUCGACAAUGUCACACAAAUGUCUUUUGGAACGCCUGAGUAUAGGGUUUCUUCCCCAAUGCUGGAAACCGACAAGUUAGUGAAGAACGACUCGUGCUAUGUCCAAGACGAUGUCCAUUUAUCUGAAUUGCAUUACUCCCCCUUUCACUCCAGAGGGCAGUUUGUCGCGUGUGUAUUGCGCUCUUCCAUUUUGUUUGUCUCCGAGCGCAAAAUAGGCGAAUUAGAAGACUCGGUUCCCUUUCAAGAGUUUGUUGACGAGUUUUUGCGCUGGCGCACGUUGUGUUGGAAGUCCUUUGAGUGGAAGGAUCUGACGUUUUUCAUGGCGGAGGACGCGCUGAUCAGGAAGAUGCCCUUAGAGUUCAAUAAGAUGCUUUCCAUCUAUUCGAAGAACACGAACCUCUUUGAUAUCGAGAAGGUUGUUUUCAUCUCCGAAUAUCUUAAGAAGAGUCUCUCUGCGUUAUCCAAAUUCCAUCGGAUGUUUUUCAUCGAAGAGAGAGUCGACAUUCAGUCGGUUGUUAAUAUCAUACACAUCAUCAUUCGAACAGACAACGCAGAGGCGUUGAUCAAUGUUGUUAAUAUGUUAAUCGAGAUUCUUCCCUACCUCAAUGGGGCACAGCGCAAAGUAGUAACAUACGAUUUCAUAUUAGAACAGCACUUCAGAUAUUUCUUCAUGCAUUGGUGUAGUUAUGUUCGGGACGCCUUCCACGUCUUAUUGUUAUAUCGAAUGACUUUAGGCCGGUGUACUAAACUCGAUAAUUUACAUGAAGAAGAGAAGAAAUUGUACGAGUCGCGGAACAGACCCGAUUUUGUCGCGCUUGACUUCGACAAAAUAGUCGUGCGAAGGAUGUUAGAGAGGAUCGAGUUAAUGCGUGACAUCUGCAAAGCGUUAUAUGUGCAUGACAAGAAUUAUAUCAUGAUGAGUGGGUCCUUAGCGCGCUUUGAUUUGCGGAAAAAGGAGUAUGACACCUGGGCAAAGCGGUACUCGAAGAGUAACAUCCCCAUCAUUUCUCUUGCGAAGCCAAACGCAUUGUAA